UAAGAAGAUGUGGGGAAACUGUGAGUUCAUGUCCCAAAAAUAAAGUUCCUCCUUGCUGGAGGCACGGGUGGGGCUGGGCCAAUGGCUUUGCUGUGGGUUUUCCAAUCCACACUCACCUCCUCCGGGAUGGAGACGUGGCUGUUUUCUGGCCUCUCUGCAGCAGCAACAGCAGCAGCAGCAGCAGCUAGAGGCUCGCCCCGCUGCUGUGAGUCCGAAUAAUUUAGUUCAGCACCGGCCUGGAUGGCAGGGACGCAGCGGAGUCAACACUGUCGGACUCACAAGCAUUACUGGUUGCAAGUGCUCCUUGGGCCUUGGGACGGAUGAAAUCUGGAGGCCAUUGGAAGCCCAGCUGGGCUGUGGCUGCUCUGUUCAUCAUAGUUAUUCUGCUGAUCAUAAGCUUCAAGGGGGCAUCGAGCAGCCAGAAGAUGACACAAAGUGCUAUGGGUCAUGCUACAGCAACUGCUGCGGGACCAGGACCCGGCCUGACAGAUGACCUCCCAGGCCUCCAUGUGGUUGCAGAAUUUUUAGCCUGUGAACACACUCAUGUUUGGUUCCUGUCCCUAGUGGGAUCAGUUGUUGUUGGCCUCAGUGGAAUUUUCCCCCUGCUUGUUAUUCCCAUUGAAGCUGGAGCGGCCCUCAGAACAGAAGCUGGAUGCCAGAAGCUGAAGCAACUUCUAAGCUUUGCAAUUGGUGGCCUUCUUGGUGAUGUCUUCCUUCACCUUCUUCCUGAGGCAUGGGCACUGUCCAGCUCUUUAGCUGCUAAACAAGACCACUACAUAUCCCAGGGCCUUUGGGUAAUUGUUGGCCUGCUGGCUUUCCUAGUCUUGGAGAAGAUGUUUCCUGAUCAGGACCGCUAUGAGGCUCCUGCUUCAAAUCCCAGUCUGUAUUUUUACUCAACUGCAUCAUCUAAAUCUGUUUUUGUCAGAAAGGAUCUAGCAUUGCUUAGAAAUGGGCACCAUGCUGAGUCAAGGAACUCCUCCAAGCAAAAGAGUCUGCACUACAGUUCAGAGAAGAUCAAGACAAGUGGCUACCUGAACUUACUGGCCAACUGUGUUGACAACUUCACCCAUGGUCUAGCAGUAGCAGGAAGUUUUCUUAUCAGCAAAAAGGUUGGGUUCCUUACCACUUUUGCCAUCCUGCUUCAUGAAAUUCCCCAUGAGGUUGGAGAUUUUGCCAUUUUGCUGCGGGCUGGAUUUGACCGUUGGAGUGCUGCUUGCAUGCAGUUAUCCACAGCACUGGUUGGGGUCUUGGGAGCUUGCGUUGCUCUCAUUUCUCAGUCACCAAAAGGCACAGAAAAUGCUACUACGUGGAUAUUACCUUUUACGUCGGGAGGCUUUCUCUACAUAGCCUUGGUAAAUGUGGUGCCUGACCUGUUAGAAGAGUCAAGUUUAAGGCACUCCCUACUGCAGGUCCUGCUCAUUUUUUGUGGGGUGGCUGUUAUGGCUGUCUUGUCCACCAUUGUUGACUGAACACAGAGGAAGACACCCUCCCACCAUAUAAAACUAACAAGUACGAGAGAAAUGUGGUUCUCUAUCGACCUGUUGUAGCUAGUGUUCCUCCUUUGCUGAAACAUAGGCCCUGUCCACACAUACAUGGGUAGUUUGGUAAACAUAGCUUUUUUGAAGCGUUUUGGCCUUUUGCUCACGCUGUGUUUUAAGUCACUAAGAGCAGCUUUUGCAGAACUCCUAAUGUAAAAGUUUUCAGUGUGGGCAAGAAAACUGAGUUUUUGUGCAUUUUUCCCUCCUAGGCGUCUGAUUGGCCAACAUGGCUGUAUGGUUGGGUUACAUUGCUUCCUGUUGCUUUGACAUGCUCUUGACAAUGCUUGACAGUGAAUUUUGCAUUUUCAUGUCGACAGAGACUUUUUUUAAACUGUGCUUGGGUGGAAGGGGUCUUUUUUUUUUUAACCAAAGGUGAAAAAUAUCUGUUUUCAGAACUACCCAUGUAUCUGCUGACUUAGCCGUGGUCUCCAUUUCAAGAGUGUGGAUGUCUUUUACACAUCAGCAUUUUAUAU